AACAGCAUCAGCAGUAUUACUCCGAGUCAGUCACCUGAAUGGAUGGCCAUAAUGUGGGGUGUGACUGUGAAUGUGUGCUUUUGGAUCUACACCUCCCCACGCCCAGACACAGCCUCCUGACGCACAGGGAGGUGGGGAGGGGGCCUCUGCCUCCCAGUGGAUGCUGGAGUGGGGGUAAUUAGCUGUUGCAAUCACCUGUGAUGGCAAAACGUCAAUAUGGGCAGAGGGAGACAGAGAGAAGAGGGGAAAGGAACAACAAAAGCCCCUCAGAGAGCAGCCAGUUGUUAGUGGCAACUGGUGGAGAUGAGACAGGUGGAAGGAACAUAGAGGAGAGGAGGAGAGAAAGUGGGACACCAGGACUGAGGACCAUUUGAGAUGCAUGGCCUGUAAGCAGCCAGCGCCAGCGAUGGCUCAUAGGAUGAGGCCAGGGACUAGCGGCUCCAGCUGCAGCAUGGUGGAGCCCCCCGUCCGGCCUCCCUGCCCCGCCGCCUACCCCCCAGAGCAGCACGGCCAGGAGCAUGAAGAGGGUCCGGGGGAGGAGGAGGAGGAGGAGGUCCACUACUGCCGCCAGCAGGGCCUGGAACCAGAGCUGACGGACAGCCGGCCGGACACACCUACUACACCGGAGCCGGAACACGAGCAUGAACACAGCCAUGACCACAAUGACCCAGACUGCCACGGCCAUGAUGACCACAGUCACAGCGACGACCAUGCAGAGUGCCAUGGCCACGACCGCGAGCAUGCAGACUGUCACGAUCACGGUCAAAGUCACGACGAUGUAGACUGUCACGACCACGGCCACGUCCACAGUCACAUCAAUGACCACGACCAUGCAGGCUGUCACGGCCACCGUCACGACCACGCUGACAGCCUGGACGGAGACUCCAGCUCUGACUAUGUGAACAACACCUCAGAGGAGGAGGACUAUGAUGAAGGUCUGCCGGAGGAGGACGAGGGCAUCACCUACUACAUCCGCUACUGCCCUGAGGAUGACAGCUACCUGGAGGGCAGCAUUGACUGCAACGAGGCCGAGGCUGACUACACCGCCAGCACCGUGCAGCACGUCCGGGCUGAGCCUCCGGGCGACACAGACGAGUGCCAGGAAGCGGUGGAGGAGUGGGUGGAGGGAGAAGGAGGGGUGGAGGUGGGGGAGGUGCGCUGUGAGGUGGUGGAGCAGGACCCAGAUGAACAGAUGUACGAUGUCCUGGACCGCCACCCCCACCCCGCCGCCGUCCUGCACGAGUCCCCCCCACCCACAGAGGAAGAGGAGGAGGUGAGAGCUGGGGUUGCUUACACUGGGGACUACUAUGGCCCAGAGGAGGACAAUGGGAACUCCGUGGUUCACGAAUCGCGGUCUCCAUACCGUGGCCGUAAAGUGGUAGUGGAGGGGGAGACGGGGGAGGAGGCGGAGGAGGACAUUGACCAGAUAGUGGCAGAGAUCAAGAUGAGUAUGAGCAUGGGUAGUCUGAGCAGCGGUGGCACUGACCAGAGCCCUGACGAGCUGGUGCAAGACAGUGUACCCAGUGAUUACCACCCUCCUGAGGCCCACGCCAAGCCUGAGCCUGCKCCKUACACCCCAYCCCCACACCGCCACGACAGCAGACCCAAGUCCCUCAACCUCCCUUCCACACGGCACAACAACCCUGAGCUCCAGAGGGGCUUCAAGGUUCGCUCCCGCACCCCGGAGGAGCGACAGCAGUGGGCUCAAGAACAGAUUACCAACGGUGCGGAGCAUCCCAGGAAACAGCAGCGUUCUGACCUCAACGUGCCGCUGGAGAACAACAAUGUCCCGGAGGAAACAAAGAAGGCUGCAUCUUUCCCCAGCUUUGUUGAUGUUCCGGGGCCCUGUGAGCCAGAAGAUCUUAUUGAUGGCAUCAUCUUUGCUGCUAACUACCUGGGCUCCACCCAGCUGCUCUCUGAGAGGAACCCGUCCAAGAACAUCCGCAUGAUGCAGGCCCAGGAGGCUGUCAGCCGGGUCAAGAGGGUUCAGAAGGCUGCCAAAAUCAAGAAAAAGGCGAGCCCAGAGGGGGAUGCGCAGACACUGACAGAGGUGGACCUCUUCAUCUCCACCCUGAGGAUCAAAGUGCUCAACGCAGACACACAGGAAACGAUGAUGGACAACGCCCUGCGCACCAUCUCCUACAUAGCUGACAUUGGGAACAUCGUGGUGCUGAUGGCGAGGCGCCGCAUGCCGCGCACAGCCUCCCAGGACUGCAUCGAGACCACACCCGGAGCCCCAGAGGCCAAGAAACAGUACCGGAUGAUCUGCCACGUCUUUGAGUCUGAGGACGCCCAGCUCAUAGCCCAGUCGAUUGGGCAGUCGUUUAGCGUGGCUUACCAGGAGUUCCUGAGGGCCAACGGCAUCAACCCAGAGGACCUGAGUCAGAAGGAGUACAGUGACAUCAUCAACACGCAGGAGAUGUACAACGAUGACCUCAUCCACUUCUCAAACUCUGAGAACUGCAAAGAGCUGCAGCUGGAGAAGCAUAAGGGAGAGAUCCUGGGCGUGGUCUUAGUGGAGUCUGGCUGGGGCUCCAUCCUACCCACGGUCAUCCUGGCCAACAUGAUGAACGGUGGGCCGGCCGCCCGCUCCGGGAAGCUCAGCAUCGGAGACCAGAUCAUGUCCAUCAACAACACCAGCCUGGUGGGGCUACCGCUCGCCACCUGUCAGGGAAUCAUCAAGGGCCUGAAGAACCAGGUGCAGGUGAAGCUGAACAUUGUGAGCUGUCCCCCUGUCACCACCGUGCUCAUCAAGAGACCAGACCUCAAGUACCAGCUGGGCUUCAGCGUCCAGAAUGGGAUUAUCUGCAGCCUGAUGCGUGGGGGUAUUGCUGAGCGGGGGGGUGUCCGGGUUGGCCACCGCAUUAUUGAGAUCAAUGGCCAAAGCGUGGUGGCUACAGCGCAUGAGAAGAUUGUCCAAGCCCUCUCAAACUCUGUGGGCGAGAUUCACAUGAAGACAAUGCCAGCGGCAAUGUUCAGACUCUUAACAGGACAGGAGACUCCUAUGUAUAUAUAAACCAAGGACAGAUGCCAUUUUCCUCCACAGAGGAGCUGUAAGCAGCGGUUGUUUACAGUCCAGUUGGAGAGCUCUGGGUGGGCAAGACUAGCAGACUAAUGAGUGUCUGAGGAUGGCUAGUGAGCCAGAGUGAUUUUCUUUCUUACUGUUGUGUCGCUGACCUAUAAUUAUUUUCCUCCAUCUUUUCUGAGCUAACAUUCAUUCAAUUGACACUCCCGAUAUUUUGCUGAUGUUAAUACUAAAGAGGGUCAUCUGGGCAGAAGGUGUUUACGUUAUUUAUUUGUGUUGUUUGUGUUUUUUGGACGCCUCACAAUGUAUAUUUUUAUAUUCAUAUCAAUGUCAUAUUGUACCUGCGUAUUGUUUCAUUUAGUUCUCUUUGUUGUAUUUAAUUUUCAUGUAAAUACAUAUUUUGCUAAUGUGUUGGAAGUAAUGGGGAAGGGGCAUGGUUGCUUUGUAAAUAUUUAUUGACUUUUCCUGCUGGUUUGAUAUCAGGGAAGAGAGCCCUUGACCGCUAAAGGACGAUUGAAAUUGUGCUGUCAAUAUAGUUUAGAUGGACAAUAAGAGGGAAUUUGGGAGUGACUUGGGUAAUAUAAUUUUGUUUAUAUACAGUACCAGUCAAAAGUUUGGACACACCUACUCAUUCAAGGGUUUUUCUUUAUUUU